AAUAAGAAACAGGAAAACAUGAAUAAAAAAAAAAGAAAGAAAAAAAGCUUGUUGAUUAAUGAUGGGACAAGUUUUGAAAAGGGUAUGACGGGAAGUUGGUUUCAGAUUAAAAGAAAGGGGUGCUUCACACACAUAUAUAAGUAUUAAAUUCAAUUUAAGCAAGCAGCAUGUGUCAUCGGUUGAAGGAAUUUUUAUUUUUUUUUUUUGACUUUUAAAAGAGUGGCUGCAUUGUUUUUAUAGCAAAAAAAAAAAAAGGAAGAGGCAUUGUCUCAUCACAGACACCACACGCAUAAGGAAAAAGGGUUGAAUUUAAUUCAAUUGGUGCAGCGGCCCACAUGCAUGCAUUAUCUCCUUGGGCUGAAAUAGAAAACAUGAUAAUUAAAUAGAAGAGGUCCAGCAAGGCAUGAAAAGGGGGAGGGUAAUCUUCAAAAAAGAGGGUUGAGAGGUUUUCUGGAAGAAGAGGAAAAAGAACACAGGGGUGGAUAGUGAGCACGCUAGGCAUCAACCGCCACUCAAAGGAACGCCUACAGACCACACCUCCAUCAUCGGCACUUCGAGCCUCUCUUUUCUCAACUUCCAACGUUGUUCAACCUCUAGAUUAUUGGCCCCAUUGGAUCACCUUCGAGUUUGGGUCAUCGGAGCUCACCUCAUCACUACGCUACAAAGUGGUCUUGCCACAACGGUUCGAAUUCGCGGCUGUCUCCAGCGAGACCACCGCUCCGACGCCUUCUUCUUCCACGGGAGUAACGAAGCGCUCUUAGCCAAAUUCUCUUUUCUCUCUCUCCAAUGGCAGGAUUCCGUUUGCAACCAGAGAACUUCGACGUCUCGCAACAGUCUCGAGCGGUGGCUCUCGUCACUUCCGAUUUGAUCUCCGACGACAACCGCUCCGUAGCCGCCGACUCCUGGUCCAUCAAGAGCGAGUAUGUAAGCACUCUGGACGAUGACCAACUCCACGCCAACGCUGCCGAAACUCUCUCCAACGCCAGCCUUCGAGCUAACUCUGAUUACUGUUCUGAUAAGGACGAACCUGACUCUGAAACGAUCUCAACCAUGCUUGUAUUUCAGAGUCAUCGGGAUGUUGCAUAUGCGGACGAGCCUACAAAUUUUCGUAAAUAUGGGCAUUCUGGAGAAGUCGGUUUUGAAGUUGAUGUGAUGGAAGUUGUUGCAUCUUGGACAAAAGCCUUGUGUGUUGAAAUUUCUCAAGGUCGCAUGCUAAAUGAUGUUGAUGUUGUUACGGCUGAAGCUAGUGAACUGGAUGAUAAACUUUCGUCUAAUUGGAGUAUGUUAGAUAUUGGAACUGGCAAUGGUUUAUUUCUUCCAGAAUUAGCUAAACAAGGGUUCUCUGAUUUGACAACGAUUUUCUGUUCAUGGAGCUCCAUAGGCGCGAGGAUCAAAGUCUCUCCCGGCGGAAGAAGAAGAAACCUAUCGUGGUUUCUGAUUUGGAGAAUGAAAGAGGCCUCGGGCCUAGAUCAACAAAUACAAAGUGCAUAUCCAAUUCAAACGACAUUAUGGUUUUUCACCCCUGCACACUUUGCUCUUAUUAAAUUUUACUUUCUGCGUACCCCAUAAUUUUUAACCCCACAUCCUUAUGUUAUGUGCUUCAUUUUUUUUUCCCUAAAAAAUAAAAAAAUAACAAAAUAUAAAAAUAACAAAAAUAUUUUAAAGGUUUAAGCGUGUGUGCGAUCAUUCGCAUCAGCCUCGCGCUAAGACCUUUUUCCCUUUAUAAGAAAUAAAAAUAUUUUGAAAAGG